AUGGAGAGCGAUAACGGACGAGGCGCAGCCUCAGGAGGGAAGGGCCGUGCCCCUCCUCAGGCCGUGAGCACUCCGGGAUCGCUCGCGUCUCCUUUCGCGUAUUCUUCGUCGCCUUUCGCCCCUUCGUCGACCGUCCCCCCCGCGUCUGCGCAGCUCGCCUUCAGCCCGGUGCCCGCCUACGCGACUCCCGGGGCUGGGCCUGGCUACGCUGCGCAAAGUCGCGCCUACGCGUCGGCGCUUCCUGGGCCAUUCGCCUCGGGGCAUCCGCCGUUCGGGCCCUCGGCUGGGCCGCAGGUGCCUUUCGGCGGCGCGGCGGCAGGCGCACCGCCGACCGACGCCAGCUCGGCGCCUCUUCCGAACGGCGCGUUCGCCUCGCGCGACGCGCAGCCCGCCGCGUUUCCCUUCUCGCAAGGCGCAAGCGACUCUGCACGAGGCAGCGUGGCCGCGCCUGUGUCUUCGUCUGCUGCGCCGUCUUCGCUCCCUGGCGCGGCUUAUCCUUCCCCAUACCCUGCGCACGGUCUCCAGGGCGUUCAAGGCAGUCUGCCGUUUCCGGCGCCUGCGUACAACCAAUCGUGGCGUGGGAACGCGCCGCCUUCAGGGGCUGCUUUCGCCUACCCCGUGCAGAAGUUUCCGCAGUACGCGCAGCCGGGAUUUUACUCGUCUCAGGCGCCCACGCCUGCGGCUGGCGGUCCCGGGGCGAGUCCGGCGCCAGCGCAUGCAGCGAGUGAGGCGGCUGCAGGUGCGGAGCAGGCUCGACCCGAAGGCGACACGCAGGCGAGCGAGAAGACUUCGCCGGAGAAGGCGCGCCGCCCUCCUCUCCAAGAGGCGGCUGGACCGAAAGGUGAACAGGAACCGGGACAGCAAGGCCAGGCGCAAGGCUCCGCGGGCUCUUCGUUGCCGUGUUCUGUUCCUGCGGCGGGUCCCGGAGGCCUGGGUGGGUUUCCCUCGGCGCCGUAUCAGGGGCGGGGCGGGAGCGCCGCGGGCGCUUUUUCUCAGAUUGCGGGGGAUCUGCCGGGAGCGUAUCCGCCCGCGGGUUUUGCGUCUCAGCCUCUCGCCACAAAGUUUCCCUUCGCCCAGUUCCCUGCGCAGCUGGGCGCCCAGGCGGCGCAACGCCCCCCAGGCGGAGGCAGGUCCGCGGCUGCAGGGGCGGGUGCGCCGGGGUACCCGCCAUCGGGUCCGUACCCCUCUGGGUAUUCGGGGCCGUAUCAGUACACGCCGCAUCCUUCCGCGCCUGCGCAGUACGCGCCGGCUCUGUAUCCCUUCUCGCCGCCCGUCUCGAGCGGCGUGGCGGAGGACGAGGAAGGGAAACGCGCGAAACGGGCCAAGCCGACAGAUCCAACCGACGGCGCGUCGACUCUUUCAUCCGCGGUGCCUGCGUCGCUUCCUGGGAAUGCGCCUCAGCAGUUUCCGGCGUCGAGUGCAGGGGGUGCGCCUUCGGAGAAGAGCGCGCGAGAAGACCACGCAGAGACUGGACCGACACUGAGUGACGCCACGCGCUUCGCGAAUCUGGGCCAGACCCCACCUGCAGGCCAGCCUGGCGCGUUCGCCGCGUCGACGCCUCCGCUGCCUGGCGCCGGCGCUUCGCCGACUUCCUUCUCUGUACCUUCGUCCGCCGACUUCUCUUCUUUCCCUUCCUCGACCUUUGCGCCGUCUCCGUUUCCCGCUCUCGAGGGGUUGCCGAUGGACCAGCAGAUGGGCAGUUUAGUCGAGGAUUUAGGCGCCUUCGGCCUCGCGCAGUACCACUGCGACGUGUGCACGAAGGACAUCAGCAACGUGUGCCGCAUUCGGUGCGCAGAGUGCGAAGACUUCGACUUGUGCGUCGCCUGCUUCUGCAUGGGCGCCGAAGUCGAGGGAAAGCCGCACAAGAACUCGCACAGAUACAUCCCGAUCGGAAAAAACGCGUUUCCCCUCUUGCGCCACAACUGGACAGCCGACGAAGAACUCCGACUCCUCGAAGGCGUCAGCAAAUACGGAUUCGGAAACUGGAACGACGUCGCCGAGUUGGUGAACAGUGUCGCGCUGACGGCGAAGACAGCUGCGGAAUGCGACCAGCACUACGCGGAAGUUUACUUGAACUCGCGGACUUCGCCGCUGCCGGACACGUCGGUGUUGCUGCUGGGCAAGGACGGCGGGCCACUCAAACAGGAAGACGUGCAGGAGGCGGCGAAGUCGCGAGGCGCUCAGGACGAUGCGAAAGCAAAGGAAGAAGACAAGGAAGGCGAAACCGUGGAGAACCGCGGCGACGAAGAUGACGCCUCCCGUCCUGCGGGCGGCGUGGCACCACCGUCUCGGGCAGGCACUGCCAAGCCGACGCACUCGAUUGUCGGCUACUGGCCUUUGCGCGGAGACUUCGACGUGGAGUACGACAACGACGCGGAAUUGAUUCUCGCGGAUAUGGAAUUCAAAGAGGACGAAGCGGUCCAAGAACGCUACUUGAAGCUGCAAAUCAUCGAAAUCUACAACAGCAAACUGGACGAACGACUGUACCGAAAACGGACAGUCAUCAACAGGGGACUGCUGGAUACCAAGACUCUCCAUCAGCGGGAAAAGAAGAGAACGAAGGAAGAGCGCGACCUGCACAACCUGUUCAAACCUCUCGCGCGCUUUCACUCAGACGAAGAGCAAGAGCGCCUGGUGCAGUUGCUGAUUGAAGAGAAGCGCAUUCGCGCUCGCCUGAGCAUGCUGCACGAGUGGAAGUCUCUCGGCCUCAAAACCGCCGAUGAUGUCGGGGAGUACGAGGGCGACAAGAGUUGGCGCGAGCAGCUCCAGCGUUUCCGGGCGUCGGAGCUUUCUUCGCUUUUCUUCUCUGGGGGCCUGGCGAAUCUGUUUGCGAAGCACACGACCGCGCAGCAGACGGGCAAACCGUUGCCCCUCGGCGGCUCGAAAGUUUGUAUUUCGCCGAGUUCGGGGUGUACGUACAGCCCAGACACUCCGCAUGGCGGCCUGGGCAGCGGUGCAGGCGAUACGCCGACCAACAGCAACGCGAGCAGUCCCAGCGCGGGAAACGCCGCCGCGACUGGCAGUGGGCUGUCGAUGUCUGUGGCAGUCGUCGAGAGACUGAAUGGAGAGAAAGGCCGCGAGGCGGAGAAGGGGAAGCGCGAGGGGAAAGAGAAGGGAGACGAGAAGGGCGGCCGACUCUUCAAAGGUGGACGCUGUCCUGGAGAGAAAGAAAGCGAGAGUCCGCCCAUUUCGGCCUUCCCCGGGGCGGGCCUGUUGACAGAGAAGGAACGCGCUUUUUGCGAGGAUGCCCAGCUGGCUCCUGUCUUCUAUUUACUGGCGAAGCGCAUGCUUCUGCGGGAAAUGGCAAAGCACAAAAAGUUCAAUGCCACCGAUUUCUCCAAACCCAUGGAAUUGUACGUCAACCGGGUCGGCCAGCUGUACGACUUCUACGUCAACGUGUCAGACUUCGCGCCCGCCUGCCCCUCACCUCCGGCCAACCCGGCGACUUCUCGCGGAGCGGCCUUUGCGAGUCCGGGAGUGAAUGCAGCUUCAGUGGCGUCUCCCCGGCCGUCGGCGUCCCCUUCGCCGGUGGGCCCGUCCGCUUCCGGAGGAGUCGCACCUGCGACUUCUGCUUUCUACCGCACGGUGGCCGGUGCCACACCGGGAAUCGAACCCAUGUACAGCACAGUCAACGGAGGGUUGGCCCUCCAGCCUCCUGGUUACGCUCUUCCUGUGGCCUCAAUGAAGUCUCAAGACGCCAGUACGGGACCAUUAUGCAGUUCGCCUUAUGGAACGACGAGUCAGGGCGGCCCGGGCUUACUGAGUCAAGCCAGGGAUGCAUCCUAA